CUCCGAUUUAGGUGUAGCGAUUUAUACAUUAGUUUGUGCUUUAUUCCACGCCUAAAGCAAUUGAUCAUACUGCGGACGAAGCCGGCUUGCAGCAGAGAGUUAUUAAAAAGUUAAAAAUCGAUUUACAUUUGGUCAUCCUGUAAAACUUUACAAUGGUUUGGCUGGAAUCUUGCUGGUCUCCGUGCAUUUGGACCAACUCCGUUAAGACGGGAAGCUAUGCCGUGGCAGUUUACACAGUGGCAGCUUCGAUCGUACUGAUUACGAUGAUUACUUACAUGCUGCUCGGAGGCGAUUCGUCCCAGCUGUACUCUCCGUUGUUUGAGACGGACAUCCGCGAUUCGAUGCAGGUCGUGGGGGGAUUUUUUAUCUUCUACCUCCUGCUGCUGAUUUUGUCCUCCGGAGGAAUUUGCUAUUCACUGAAAACCACUUACCGUGGUUGGAUGUUACCAUGGUUGGGCCUUUUCGGCGUUGCCAUCCUGUUCCAGUUGGUGUUCGGGUUGUGGCUGAUUGGAGGAUACUAUAUUUAUCUUCAACAAACACUCUCGAGUCUGAUUUUGUGGGUUUGGAUGGCCUAUAAUAUUUAUUGCUGGAUGUGCGUCUAUUCGCAGUAUCAGAUCUUCGUGAUUCUUCAGUCUCCAAACAUAGAAUUACUGAUGCCUUAGGGAAAGGCAGGCGCUAGUAUCAUUAGCAUAAACUUCCAAAUGUAUUCAGAUAUAUCUAAGCAUUUUUCAAUCCAGUAAUCAAGGGCUAACGUCCACCAUUUUGGUGGUGCUUUUUCACCAUUUGUCAAUGGUGGCACUGUAGUUAAACAGAAUCUCCUACUCACAUUUCAUUUCCCAUUACGAUGGUACAAAAUGUAUAAGGAACUAGAUGUUAAGCACAAAUCAAAUUUUAUACACUUUGACAUAGAAGCAUAGGUUUAGUUGGCUGACUGAAGUGAAUUCACGCCGUCCGAGUAACAA